ACUUGUUCCUUCCUCCUCCUCCCUCUCCUCUCCUCUCCUCUCCUCUCUCCUCUCCGUGCUGAAGCAGCAGCGAAGACCUCCCACGCACCCUCCCCGAGUUCGUUGUGUUGUCUUGCAGGCUGCUGAUGCUACGGUAGAGACCUCUACUGCCGCAAUUGUCCCCAAGAGGACCAGAGAUACUCCCCUCCCUCUCCCUUGCGUCUUGCCCAGAGUGCACCAACCCCUCCUCUGGACAACGGUGACGUUUUUCCAUCAAAAAAGAAAAGGCUGUCAUCAUGGCUGAAUCAAUCUCUACGUCGGCCUUUGUGCUGCCGGCCUCGUCCCGCGUGCUCGGCGGUGACGACAAGCUGGUCGCCCUCGAGCUCGAGGAUGGUACCGUCUACCAGGGCUACAGCUUUGGUGCGGAGAAGAGCGUGGCGGGUGAGCUGGUCUUCCAGACGGGCAUGGUUGGCUACCCGGAGUCCAUCACCGACCCUUCCUACCGUGGCCAGAUCCUGGUCGUCACCUUCCCGCUGGUGGGCAACUAUGGUGUCCCCUCGCGGGAGACCAUGGACGAGCUGCUGCAGACCCUGCCCAAGCAUUUCGAGUCCACCGAGAUCCACAUCGCUGCCCUGGUCGUGGCCACAUACUCGGGCGAGGACUACUCGCAUCAUCUCGCACAGUCGUCGCUCGGCACAUGGCUCAAGGAACAAGGCGUCCCCGCCAUGCACGGUGUCGAUACCCGGGCUCUGACCAAGCGUAUCCGUGAGAAGGGUAGCAUGCUGGGACGCAUGCUUCUCCAGAAGGCCGAUCUCCCCCAGUCGGCUACAAUUGACCGCGAGAACUGGAAGGGCUCCUUCCAGGAGGUCGAGUGGGUCGAUCCCAACAAGAAGAACUUGGUCGCCGAAGUGUCAAUCAAGGAGCCUCGUCUUUUCUCCCCGCCAAAGGAUGUUGCCCUCAAGCACCCCUCGGGUCGUCCCAUCCGCGUUCUCUGCCUGGACGUCGGUCUCAAGUUCAACCAGCUGCGCUGUUUGCUCGCUCGCGGUGUCGAAGUCCUCGUUGUUCCCUGGAACUACGAUUUCCCCACCCUGGCGGGCAAGGACUACGAUGGUCUGUUCGUCUCCAACGGUCCUGGUGACCCGGCAAUGCUCUCCAUCACCAUCGAUAACCUGACCAAGACCAUCAAGGAGGCCCGCACUCCCGUCUUCGGUAUUUGCUUGGGUCAUCAGCUGAUCGCCCGCGCCGUCGGUGCCCAGACCACCAAGAUGAAGUUCGGUAACCGUGGUCACAACAUUCCCUGCACCAGCAUGGUCUCCGGCAAGUGCCACAUCACGUCGCAGAACCACGGUUUCGCCGUCGAUGCCGCCUCUCUGCCCACCGACUGGCAGGAGCUGUUUGUCAACGCCAACGAUGGUAGCAACGAGGGUAUCCGGCACACCAGCCGUCCCUUCUUCAGUGUCCAGUUCCACCCGGAGAGCACUCCCGGUCCCCGCGACACCGAGUACCUCUUUGAUGUCUUCAUCAACACCAUCAAGGAGACCAUCGCCACCCCCGCUGCCUUGACCCAGCCGGUUUCCUUCCCCGGAGGCUCCAUCGAAGAGAACACCAAGGCCUCGCCCCGCGUCUCGGUCAAAAAGGUCCUCGUGCUGGGCAGUGGUGGUCUUAGCAUCGGUCAGGCUGGAGAGUUCGAUUACUCUGGCAGUCAGGCCAUCAAGGCCCUCAAGGAAGAAGGCAUUUACACCAUUUUGAUCAACCCCAACAUUGCCACCAUCCAGACCUCCAAGGGUCUGGCCGACAAGGUCUACUUCCUCCCCGUCAACGCCGACUUUGUUCGCAAGGUCAUCAAGCACGAGCGUCCCGAUGCCAUCUACGUCACCUUCGGUGGCCAGACUGCUCUGCAGGUCGGUAUCCAGCUGAAGGAUGAGUUCGAAUCCCUCGGCGUCAAGGUCCUGGGUACCCCCAUCGAUACCAUCAUCACCACCGAAGAUCGUGAGCUGUUCGCCCGCAGCAUGGAGUCGAUCGGCGAGAAGUGUGCCAAGUCCGCCUCGGCCUCGACCUUGGAGGAGGCCCUGCGUGUUGUUGAGGACAUUGGCUUCCCCGUCAUCGUCCGUGCCGCCUAUGCCCUCGGUGGUCUGGGCAGUGGCUUCGCCGAAGACAUGGAUCAGCUCCGGGAGCUGUGCACCAAGGCCUUCGCGGCCAGUCCCCAGGUGCUGAUUGAGCGCAGUAUGAAGGGCUGGAAGGAAAUCGAGUACGAAGUCGUCCGUGACGCCCGUGAUAACUGUAUCACCGUCUGUAACAUGGAGAACUUUGACCCUCUCGGUAUCCACACCGGUGACUCCAUCGUCGUGGCCCCGUCCCAGACGCUCUCGGACGAAGACUAUAACAUGCUUCGUACCACCGCCGUCAACGUCAUCCGUCACCUGGGUGUCGUCGGUGAAUGCAACAUUCAAUAUGCGCUCAACCCUUUCUCCAAGGAGUACUGCAUUAUUGAGGUCAACGCCCGUCUGUCCAGAUCUUCUGCCCUGGCGUCCAAGGCCACCGGAUACCCCCUGGCUUUCAUUGCUGCUAAGCUGGGUCUGAACAUCCCCCUGAAUGAGAUUUCAAACUCGGUUACCAAGGUCACCUGUGCCUGCUUUGAGCCUUCCCUCGACUACGUGGUCGUCAAGAUCCCCCGCUGGGAUCUGAAGAAAUUCACUCGUGUCUCCACCCUACUCGGCUCCUCGAUGAAGAGUGUCGGUGAAGUCAUGAGCAUCGGCCGAACUUUCGAAGAAGCCAUCCAGAAGGCCAUCCGCUCUGUCGACUUCCACAACUUUGGUUUCAACGCUACCAAUGCCCUCAUGUCCAUCGAAGAGGAGCUGCAGACUCCCUCCGACCAGCGUCUGUUCGCCAUCGCCAACGCCAUGGCGUCUGGAUACAGCGUUGAUGAUAUCUGGAAGCUCACCAAGAUCGACAAGUGGUUCCUCAGCAAGCUCAAGGGUCUCAACGACUUUGGCAAGAUGAUGACCUCCUACAACGCGACCACCGUGCCCCUCCCCCUCAUCCGCCAGGCCAAGCAGCUCGGUUUCUCCGAUCGCCAGCUUGCCAAGUUCCUGAGCUCCAACGAGCUCGCCGUGCGACGCAUGCGUGUUGAGGCCGGUAUCACCCCGAUCGUGAAGCAGAUCGACACUGUUGCUGCCGAGUUCCCCUCGGUCACCAACUACCUUUACCUGACCUACAAUGCGUCUGCCCAUGAUCUCACCUUUGACGACCACGGUAUCAUGGUCCUCGGCUCUGGUGUGUACCGUAUCGGUUCCUCGGUCGAGUUCGACUGGUGUUCCGUCCGCACCAUUCGCACCCUGCGCGAACAGGGCCACAAGACUGUCAUGGUCAACUACAACCCGGAGACCGUCAGUACCGACUACGAUGAGGCGGAUCGUCUGUACUUUGAGAACAUCAACCUGGAAACCGUGCUCGACAUCUACCAGAUCGAAUCCUCCAGUGGGGUCGUCAUCUCCAUGGGUGGUCAGACCCCGAACAACAUUGCUCUGCCCCUCCACCGCCUGAAUGUCAAGAUCCUGGGUACCUCUCCCGAGAUGAUCGAUACCGCUGAGAACCGUUACAAGUUCUCCCGCAUGCUGGACCGCAUUGGUGUUGACCAGCCCGCUUGGAAGGAGCUGACGAGCAUCGAGGAAGCCACCGAGUUCUGCGAGAAGGUCAGCUAUCCUGUGCUGGUCCGUCCCUCAUACGUGCUCUCCGGCGCGGCCAUGAACACGGUUUACUCGAAGCACGACCUGGCCAACUACCUGAACCAGGCCGCCGAGGUGUCGCGCGAGCACCCGGUCGUCAUCACCAAGUACAUCGAGAACGCCAAGGAAAUCGAGAUGGAUGCUGUCGCCCGUGAUGGUGUCAUGGUUGGCCACUUCAUCUCUGAGCACGUGGAGAAUGCUGGUGUGCACUCUGGUGAUGCCACGUUGAUCCUGCCUCCUCAAGAUCUGGACCCGGAAACCGUCCGCCGCAUCGAAGAGGCGACCCGCAAGAUCGGAAACGCCCUCAAUGUGACUGGACCGUACAACAUCCAGUUCAUCGCCAAGGACAACGACAUCAAGGUCAUCGAGUGCAACGUCCGUGCCUCACGCUCGUUCCCCUUCGUGUCCAAGGUCAUGGGUGUCGACCUGAUCGAGAUGGCCACCAAGGCCAUGCUCGGCAUUCCAUUCACCGAGUACCCGCCCGUCUCCAUCCCCAAGGACUACGUCGGCGUCAAGGUGCCGCAGUUCUCCUUCUCCCGUCUCUCGGGUGCCGACCCUGUGCUCGGUGUGGAGAUGGCCUCCACCGGUGAGGUGGCCUCCUUUGGUCGUGACAAGUACGAGGCCUAUCUCAAGGCCCUCCUGUCCACUGGAUUCCGCCUGCCGAAGAGCAACAUCUUGUUGUCGAUUGGUUCGUACAAGGAAAAGCUCGAGAUGCUGCCCUCGAUCCGCAAGCUGCACCAGAUCGGCUACAAUCUCUUCGCCACGGCCGGUACUGCCGACUUCCUCAAGGAGCACGGCAUCCCCGUCAAGUUCCUCGAGAUCCUCCCUGACCAGGAGGAGGAUGUCAAGUCGGAGUACUCCCUCAGCCACGCUCUUGCUAACAACCUGAUCGAUCUCUACAUCAACUUGCCGUCGAGCAACCGCUUCCGCCGCCCCGCCAACUACAUGAGCAAGGGUUACCGCACCCGUCGUAUGGCCGUGGACUACCAGACCCCCUUGGUGACCAACGUCAAGAAUGCCAAGAUCCUCAUCGAGGCCAUCGCUCGUCACUUUGCCCUGAACGUGCAGACGAUCGACUACCAGACGAGCCACCGCACCAUCGUGCUUCCGGGCCUGAUCAACAUCGCGGCCUUUGUGCCCGGCCUGACCACCCCCGGUUCCGACGACUUUGAGCGCGUGACCCGGGCCUCCAUCGCGGCCGGUUUCAGCAUGGUUCGCAUUAUGCCCAUGGGUGUCGAGAGCUCCGUCACCGACAGCCGUGCCCUCCAGAUCGCCCAGCAGAACGCCCAGAAGGGCUCCUUCUGUGACUUCAACUUCUCUGUGGCGGCCACGUCUACCAACUCCGAGCAGAUCGGCCAGGUCACAGGCGAUGUGGGCUCCCUUUUCAUCCCCUUCAACCACCUGUCCGGCAACAUCAGCAAGGUCGCCGCCGUCACCAACCACUUUGGUGCCUGGCCCGCUAGCAAGCCCAUCAUCACGGAUGCCAAGGCCACUGACCUGGCCUCCAUCCUACUGCUGGCCAGCCUGCACAGCCGCAAUAUCCACGUCAUGAGCGUGACCUCCAAGGAGGAUAUUGCGCUGAUCGCCCUCAGCAAGGAGAAAGGUCUUAAGGUGACCUGCGAUGUCUCUAUCUUCUGCCUGUUCCUCUCGCGCGAAGACUUUCCCGAGUGCAACUUCCUGCCUUCGGCUGAGGACCAGAAGGCUCUGUGGGACCACAUCUGCACCAUCGAUGUCUUUUCGAUCGGCAGCAUCCCCUACCAGUUGGCCGGCAAGAAUGCCUCUCCCGAAGCGGGUAUUGCCGAGUCGCUCCCCUUGCUCUUCACUGCCGUCGCCGAGGGCCGCAUGACCGUCGAGGACGUCACUGCUCGCCUGUACGAGAACCCGAAGCGCAUCUUCGAGCUCCAUGAUCAGACCGAGACCUCGCUGGAGAUCGAGAUCGACCGUCCUUACCUCUUCCAGAGCCCUGAUGCUGGCUCGCCCUUCAACGGCAAACAGAUGCGGGGCUCGGUCCAGCGCGUGAUCUUCCAGGGCAAGACGUCUUGCCUCGAUGGCGAGAUCACCGCGGAUGCCAACCACGGCAAGGACAUGUCCGGCCACCGGAUCGCUGUUCCCUCGUCUCCGUCCGUCAAGGCCACCACCCCGCGGGUGCGUCCGGACACCUCGUUCGACAACCGUCGCCUCUCCUUCACAGGCACCCCGGCUCGCCCUGCGAUCCGUGCCCGGCCCGCCGAACCGGCCGCCACUGAGCUUGGCCCCCCGCUGUACACUCCCGUGACAACCCAGGUGUCGUCCUCCCUGUCGGACCUGCUCUCUCGCACAAAUUUCCGUCAGAAGCACGUUCUGUCCGUCAACCAGUUCACCCGUUCGGACUUGCACCUGCUCUUCACCGUCGCGCAGGAGAUGCGGAUCGGCGUCCAGCGCCAGGGUGUCCUCGACAUCCUCAAGGGCCGUGUCCUCACCACCCUCUUCUACGAGCCCUCGACCCGGACCUCGGCCUCGUUCGAUGCUGCCAUGCAGCGCCUGGGUGGUCGCACGAUCGCCAUCUCGACCGAGCACUCAUCGACCAAGAAGGGUGAGACUCUGCAGGACACCCUGCGCACCCUGGGCUGCUACGGAGACGCCAUUGUCCUCCGCCACCCGGAUGAGAGCUGCGUCGAGACUGCCGCCAAGUUCUCCCCCGUGCCCGUCAUCAACGGCGGCAACGGCAGCCGGGAGCACCCGACCCAGGCGUUCCUGGACCUGUUCACCAUCCGUGAAGAACUCGGCACUGUCACCGGCCUGACCAUCACCUUCACGGGUGAUCUCAAGUACGGCCGCACCGUGCACUCGCUGCUCAAGCUGCUCCGGUUCUACGAUGUCCGUGUGCAGCUGGUGGCCCCCAAGGAGCUCUCUCUGCCGGCAGACCUCCGCGAGCAGCUUGUUGCCUCAGGCCAGCUUGCCGCUGAGUCCGAGACGCUGACUCCUGAGAUCGUUGCCUGCUCCGACGUGCUCUACUCCACCCGUGUGCAGAAGGAGCGCUUCGCCGAUCUUGCGCAGUACGACCGCCUCAAGAACAGCUUCGUCAUCGACAACGCUCUGCUUAAGCACGCCAAGAGCCACAUGGUCGUCAUGCACCCGUUGCCUCGCAACGCUGAGAUCGCCGAGGAGGUCGACUUCGACCCGCGGGCUGCCUACUUCCGCCAGGUUUGUCCCAUUUCCCUUCCCUUCUUUUUCUUUUUUUGGGUAAAUCUAGACGUGCAUGCUAACGGCUGUUUUAGAUGAGAUACGGUCUCUAUUGCCGCAUGGCGCUGCUGGCGUUGGUCUUGGCCCACUAAGCCGGGAGGACGUUACAAUUCCGCGUCAGUGUGUUAUAUAUAAAAGCGAGGCUUUGUGACGCACCUGUUGGGUUUUAUUCUGCU